GGUCUCGCCAUCGCCUAUCCUCUCAUCAUCAAUCCGCACUAUGCUAUGAAGCACCAGGGUGAUCUCCUCGACUCUCCCUCCCGCAGCCCGUCCCUUAAUAUCAACCAGCGCCUCACCCUCUGGGAGCGCUCCUACAAGAUGGGCACCGUCAUCCCGGCGCUAGGCCUCGCCUGCUCCGCACUCUGGGGCAGCCUCUACGCCAUGAAUCGCAACAAGCUCGCCGCCCUCACGCCCAACUGGAGGCUGCUGGGCAUCGGGGCGGCAGCGCAGUUCUCGAUCGUGCCCUGGACUCUCAUUGUCAUCAUGCCCGUUAACACGAAGCUCAUGGCACUCCGCAAGGAGGCCAACAAGCGUGAAAGCGUCAACGAGGCAGAGGUAGAGCAGCUCUUCCAGCAAUGGCAGAAGCUACACCUUGUGCGAUGUGGGUUUCUCGCUGUCGGGCUUGUCUCGGCCAUUGGCGCGUUUGUGUGGUGA